AUGCGCGUGAUCGUCACUGGCGCCUCUGGCGUACUCGGAUCCGCAGUCUUCGCGGCCUUCAAAGCCGCAGGUCUCGAUGUCCUCGGCCUUGCGCACUCACGAACCAAGGGCGAGCUCAGAAAGCUAGAUCUCCUCGACGCCUCCGCAACAAAAGGUGUUUUGAGCGAGUUCAAACCUGACUGGGUAAUCCACUGCGCGGCUGAACGACGACCGGACGUCGCGGAAAAGGAUCCAGAUGCGACACGGAAGAUCAACGUCGCUGUCCCGGAGACCCUGGCCACCCUGUCCAAGGAGCUCAAGUUCAAGCUCGUUUACAUAUCCACUGACUACGUCUUCGACGGUACGUCACCUCCAUACACACCCUCUGCGGCAACUAGCCCCGUCAACCUCUACGGUAUCACCAAGCGCGACGGAGAGCUUGCCGUUCUCGGCGUCACCGGCGCUCAGUCCAUAGUCCUGCGAGUCCCAGUCCUCUACGGCCCCGCCGAGAAGAACUCGGACACGGCGGUGAACAUCCUCCUCGACGUCGUCACCGACCAGAGUGGAAAGACGUACAAGAUGGACCACUACGCGACCCGCUACCCCACCAACGUGCUCGACAUCGCCGACUUCCUCGUCCGGCUCAUCCAGCUCCCGAGCGGGAAGGUCGUCCCGCCGAUCAUACACUACUCCGCCGAGGAGCCGUUCACGAAGUACGAGAUGUGCCUCGUCUUCGCGCGCAUCCUCGGCCUGCCGCACGCGCACAUCGUCGCAGACGCGGAGCCGCCCAAGGCAGGCACGGUCCGGCCGCAGAACACGCAGCUGUACGUGCACGAGACGCAGGACCUGAUGGAGGGCUCCGGCGGGCUCGGCUGGAACCCGUUCGAGGAGUGGUGGCAGGUGUAUCUCGCGAAGAAGCAGUGA